AAUCCUGCGCUAUGAGUUGGUUGACUCAGAGUUCAGGGUUGAAAAGCAACUCUGGGUUUUCGGUUUCAGAACAGGUGAUCAGCGUUGGCUUAAUCAACUCUGAGUGUGUUCACGCUGGGUUGGGGGCGUGCCUGUUGACUAUAAAGAGCCAUCAUCAAUGGAUCUCUGAUAACAUGAUCAAACAUGGACCAAAAGCGGAGAUCCAGUUACUUUUCCCCCACGGAAUUGGAAAUUCUCAUGCGCGCAUAUGCAGAGCAGUUACCAAUUUUCACCAAAAAAAGCAAUACCGCCGCGGCAGCGAGAGCGCGAGAGAGAGCUUGGCAGGAAAUUGCUGAACAAGUCAAUGCGAACAACCCGAGUUGCCCCAAGAGGACUUGGCAGCAAAUAAAAAUGAAGUAUAAAAAUAUAGUUCAAACAGCAAAUCGAAAAAAAGCAGAGGCCCGGAAGACUGGAGGGGGUCCACCACCUGCAGCCCUCACAGAGGCUGAGGAGAUGGCCCUCAGCCAACAGAGUAUGCGUCCUGUGGCUGAGGGCAUCCCUGGAGGGAGCUCCUCUGAUCCCCCCACCCCCCAGGAUAGAAGUGCCUUUAUAAGAGUUACUGAUGGCGUCAUCGCCCUACUGGAACCAGAUGCCCUCACCAACCUCCAUGCAAUUGAAGAUGAUGGAGAAACAUUGUCAGCGGCAUUAGAAAGGGAAGAGGAAAGGCCUAUUGAGGAUGAAAUCGAAGAGAGGCCAUCCACUUCUAAUUCACAGCUUAGCUCUCUUCCAGUCAAAGAGCUCUAUAAAAUCUAUCUGGAAAAACAAAUAAAUAAAGCAGACUUGGAAAUGGACCACAUAAGGCAAAAGAUGCAAAAGGAUGCUUUGGAGAUCCAAAUUUUGGAACAUAAGUUAAAGGAAAUAAAGAAAUCCUCAUAAAAAGUAGAUUGUCUUUAUUAGAACACGGGCUG